UCUGGGUCCCCAGGGACUGGGGUGGGGCUGAGCCGUUCCGUUCCGGGGCGUGUGCGCAGUGCUUGAGGGAGGGAUGGGCCCUGAGGGGAGAUUAUGUGAGCUGCUGCAUUAGUCUUCUAACUUCUUGCACUGGAUACUCACGGUAUGUCUGAAGGACAGAUCUCUUGUAUGCUCUGAAUGUACCAGCUUGUCCUCAUGAGUACUCCAGUGGAGAAUGUCCAUGAUCUUCUUUGCCUGUGUGGUGCGGGUGAGGGAUGGACUUCCCCUCUCAGCCUCCACAGAUUUUCAUUUCAACCAGGACUUUCUAGAAUGCAGAAAGAGAUUAAAGGUGUUAUCCUCAAUUCUGGCACAGUAUCCAAGUCGAGGCACAGCAAAAGGACGUGACCUUAGCAUACAUUUCCUUUCUUCUGGGGACAUUGCCUGCAUGGCAAUCUGUUCCAGCAAUUAUUCAACCAUCAUGGCGUUUUGCUUCCUGGAAGAGCUGCAGUGGGAAUUUGCUGCUUCCUACGAUGCCACAAGCAUCAGUUUAGCUUCCAGACCAUAUGCUUUUCUUGAAUUUGAUAACAUCAUUCAGAAAGUGAAAUGUCAUUUUAACUGUGCAAGUGGCUCUCAAACAAAAGCCAACUGGGAGAAGAUCGAGGAGGAGCUGAAGUUCCAGCCCCCGGUUCAGCUGAAACUAGAGGAUACGGAGCUGAUGAAUGGGAUGGCUAACGGUGGGCACGCAGGCGUUCAUGUGGAGGUUGUCCCUACUUACCGAAUGCAGCGUGUGACUCCUCUGGGGAUUUUGUCUCUUGUUCUGAACAUCAUGUGUGGAGCUUUGAAUCUCAUUCGAGGAGUUCACCUGGCAGAGUAUUCAUUUCAGGAAGACCAUGAAGGAAUUGGAAAUGUGGUAGCUUUUUUCCUACCUUUUCUAGCCUGUGUUUUUCAGUGUUACUUAUACCUCUUCUACAGCUCGGCAAGGAAGGUGAAGACAUUUGUACUCUUCUUCUCUGUUUGUUUAUGCAACAUUUACUUGUACGGAUUACGGAACCUCUGUCAAAUAGCCUUUCACAUAGGAGUGGCAUCUCUUUCUUCUUAUCAGAUACUGACAAGGCAACUUAUGGAGAAACAGCCUGACUGUGGAGUAUGAAAAAGACUUCGGGUUUGCUACUUUAUUUUUACAACAUUUUUUUGUAUUAAACUGGCCCCAAAUGGAAUAUUUUUAAACAUUUGUGACAAUGGUUACUGCGAGGAAGAUAUUUUAAAGCAACUUGAUAUAAAGUAGGACACUGUAAUCAUGUCAAACAUACAGUGAGAAUGUAGGUUUAUUUAACGUGGCAUGUGGUAAUUGUGCAUGGUAGAUCUUGUCAGGUGUCAUCAACAGAUGGAGGUUCUCCUUAACAUAAACAGGCUUUUCCUCCUUGACUAAUACCAUCUAGACAACAUUUUGCCAUUUGUCUUACCGGCUUUGUAGCACUUUGGCAGGUCAACGUCUUGCCCUGCCAAGCUUCCAGAAAUAUUAAAAUUGCAUCGUAAAAUGAAGUGGUGGGUAACAUUUUCGUCUGUAGAAUUUCUUAAGCAUUAAGAUUCUUGGUAAAUGUAAGUAAAGGAGUUGUUUGCCAUAAUUAGAUGAGUUCAGUAUCACUGGGAAAAAAUGUUAGGGUAAGCUUCGGGAUAAUUUUUCUAGGUUUUGAAGGAAAGGAAAAGGUUGUGGCUCUUUUAAAAACCAUAAAGGCUAUAAAUAUCCCCUGGCUAAACAGUGCAUUGCAGUUAAGUAUGUGCGCAUUGGUUAAUUGCAAAUAUGCUUGGGGCAGCAUAAAAUAAACCAAGUGAAUCUUUCAGCUCAGGUGGCCUUUAUUUCCUUGGUUAAGGUCACUCUUAGUAUAAGGGUAAUUCCAUGUUUGCUUGGUCUGUAUGGAUAAUAAAUCUUCCAGGCCUACUUAUGACAGGCCACUGACUCCUUUACCCUUCUUAAAAAAGUAUAUAGCUGGUGAGUAGAAAGCCAUUUUCAGUAAUGGAAAGCCAAGAGCAGGUUCUCUUUAUUGUAUAAAACACCUUUAGUUAAUGGUGUUGAGUUCUUACACUAAGAUGAAUUUAUUAGUGUGCACUUUUGAAUAUAGUUCUUAAGAGCUGAAAUUCUUAACCUCUGCUGCACUGGGUAUUCUUGUAUGUAACAUAUUGAGGUGCAUAUGGGCAUUUUAGAACAUAUAUGAAUAAUUUAGCUGUCCUUGAAGGGUUGUAGAGAUUCAAAUUGAGAAGAUGUAGAGAACUGUAGGUGUGUUAUUGUGGAAGUAUGGUCCUAGAUUUUCUUUUAUUUUUUUUUCUUAGGAAACUGUUUUCUGGUCACCCCAUUUCUUCCACUAGACAUCUCUCACCGAAAAUUUAUUUUCCUCUCACAUAGUCUCUACCUCUAGUGGUUGCAAAGAGAUUAACAUGAUGCAGAGUUGUCUUCCCGAGUUUGCAGGAAUGCUUAAAAAAAUUACUUUCUUGCAUCUCAGUGAGUUUUCCUGAAGCCUCACGAUCCAAACAUGUGUAUCAGUGGACUACUGGUCCAGAAAGCUGUGGUGCUCUACCUGGGAAGCGCUUCUAUGACGCAGCUGGCUGCAACAACAGCAUCGAUAGGCAGCCCAUUACAACCUGAACAGUUUCUAGGACAUCAAGACACUUGAUGCCAGAGCUUUUUCCAGUAGUAAAUUGUAGGUAUUUCUUUUCCAUCCUGUAUUAGCCCAUUUACUGCAGCAGUAACAUAAUGAAAUCCUUAAAACUGAGGAAUAAUCUAGUAAGAAUAAUGGAGGAAUAUUUUAGCCAGACAAAUCAGAAAACAGCUAGAGCUGUGUGCUGUAAGGGAAUCCUCUUCUGUUAUAAGGGAGUGGAUUAAAGUUGUUUGUCUUUCAUUACCCCAGUUUUCAGCCAGAGUGUAGGUGGGGAAAUGAAGCCAGAAUUCAACCAUUGUCCUUAAGACACCCAGGUGACCACACAGAUGUGGGGGUUUUAGUACUGGCAAGCUUUAAGUUUUCAUGCUGUUCAGUCUCAGUUUAGGUACUACAGGGAACCAAACCAGGAGUUUGGAAUACAAGUUUGUUUGUUCGUUUUUUUUAAAAAACGUUUUUUUAAAAAAACGAACAAACAAAAAACCAACAAACAACAACAAAAGAAACACCCUGAAGAAAGGACACCCCCAAAAAUCUGAUACUAGAAACUUAACGCUUUGUUAGGGAUGCUGGAUCUGGACCUAUUUGUGUUUUACUGGAGCAUAAGCUGGUUAUCAGCCUACUGGGUUAGCAUGGGGAAUCGUCCUGUGGGGAAAGAAUGAAGCGUUUUAUACUAGAGAUAGGCAAAACUUUGUGAAAGGGACCUUAGUGAUAUGACCCAGCAUCCUGCUCCUACCUUUUUAGUCUCAGUCUGGCUAAAGAAUCCAAGAGCUUUACUGUUUCCGUGGAGGCUUGGAUAAAGCCUGCCUGCUAGAGCUUUAGGCAUGCAGAACAUUUCACUGGCAUGGGGCCGGUGAAGUAUUAUCUGCUUUCUGUUCCUCAUCCUUGCAUUGAUCUGAUUGGAAGAAACUGUAAAGUUUCUGAUGCUUCCCAAGCAUCUGACUGUUUGCUUUACCAUGAAACAACACAUCCCCAGGCCAGGUGAUGUUAGCAACAGGUCUGCAGUGAGAGUGGUAGAACAAGGUGUUUAGAUAGCUUCUGUAAUUAAAACAGGUAGAAUGGAUAAAGGUUAAAUUCUGCUUUUAUUUAAUAUUUUUCUUUUUCCUGAAAAUGUUUCAGUAAAAUCAAACAAAACCAGAUGGUUCGGUUCUGCCUUCGUGUAAUUUUUUUUUGUUUUGUUUUCUUUGUGGAUUAGAUGGACAGUGCAACUAGAUCUUUUCUACUAAAUGAACAGAGCUCUGGUUUUCUGUUAAGUCUUAAUCCCUUUGCAACCUUUUUUUAUUUCCUGUAAUAUGUGUAAAUCAUAUUAAGGAAUCUAUGUGGAUUAAUACGUGUGCAUUAGUAUCUGUGUACUUGGUAGAUUUGGAUUGUGAUUCCAAGAUGAGGCAGGGCACAUGUAGUUUGACCUAAUUUUUUUUUUUUUUUAAUGUUAGUAUUCAGAAUGGCUCCUGUAUCUAUAUGGCAUUUAUGCAGUUAAACAUUUUCUUCUGAUGAAACAGCAAGAGGAAUAGAAUAGUUUACAUUAAUGUCAGUGCUCUUAAGAUUUAAUAAGAAAGAAUGACUUGCAGUUUGAGUACAUGAAAUCUGACUCAUAAUGUGGGAUUAUGCCUGUAUUGAAUCAAAUCCCCAAACAGGAAUCCAACCCUUUUUUGUUCAACUUUAAACUGUUUAAUGUAGUUUGAAUUGCAUCUUCUUAAUUAUAUCACUUUUCAAGAUAAGUCUUUUGGAAACUCUUUUCCUCACCCAGCAGCUCAGCACAAGAAAAUUGUCAAAGAAUAAACUUCAUUAAUUUAAAGAUUUGCAGUGCUUAGUCACUUUAUGAAGCUGAUAAUUUUCUGUGUUUGUUUUUUUUUUUUUUUUUUUUUUUCUUUCUCCCAAAGACCUGUUAAGUUUAUAGAAGGUGGGCUGGUACCUUUUUAGACAUUUUUGUACUGUAUUAAUAAUUGAACCUGUGUAAAUGUGUAUAAAGUAAUUUUUGCAUGUAUAUAUGUACAUAUACCUAAUAAAUGGCUUUUUUGUAA